AUGGCUGGGCCAUACCUUUCUCCGCUUCCCGGGGACCUCCUAACUGAGUACAUGUUUGGUCGGCGACGUCAGAGGAGGAACAGAACUACCUUUACUCCUCAACAGCUCAGCGAACUAGAGUCGCUCUUCCAGAAGACGCACUAUCCAGACGUGUUCUUGAGAGAAGAAGUCGCUCUAAGGAUCAGUCUGUCCGAGGCGAGGGUGCAGGUAUGGUUUCAGAAUCGUCGAGCAAAAUGGCGGAAACAGGCCCGUCUGCAGCUGCUGCAAGAUGCUUGGAGGAUGAGGUGCCUCGGACUCGGGACACCACCGCUACCAAUGCCCGGCCACGCUAAGCCACCGGAUUCCUCACCGGAAACACCGGAUUCGCCCAACGACGGAAACUCGCCUGAAAGAUCUAACACCGAAAACGGUGAACUCACUGGUUCGCGUCAAGAGCCCUAUAUACACAAUGCAAACAUGCAAGAACCUAUUCCACAGCCCCCACACGACCUUCCAAUGCCGAUGCCGUACAACGAAGAAGCUAGAAUGAUGCAGCAAUCUUUUCCGUUUACAUCACUCCUCAUGCCCCAAAUGGAUUCAGAAGUGGCUCCGACAGACUUAAGAGUUCUAGCCGGUAAAAACUGUCCCUGUAAUGAAGAGGAGCCUCAGGAUCUAGCAUAUCGUCCCCGACGUGAGAGGGAAAGUGAUACCGAUAGUGACGCGGAGAUAGAUCUAACAUCGCAUUCUUCUAAAGACGACGAUUUGAGAGAAUCGGAGAGGCUGGCGAAUAGAAUCGCCACUAGCAUCUUUAGAAGCGACACUGUUUUGCAAGAUCUCGUACCAAAUGAUUUGAGUUUAGCGAAUAAAGGGAACGAUAGAAAUCAGAACGGUGUAUCGAUGUAAGUGGUUAUCGAUGCAAGCAAAACCAAUAUUUAACCUAUCGACGUAUU